AUGGUACCCCUCUCCUGGUUUGAGGCAGUCAGCUUACCAGAAAACGAGGACUGUCACCCAGACGAAGCACAGGCCUUGAAGGAGUACUACCAAGGCAAGACCACCGCCCAUGAGGCCGCAUACGCCAUCACCCGCCCACUAGCCAACUCUUCCUCCGACGAUCUUGGUUUCGACAGGAACGGACUUUGGAGUGUGUUGAUAACCGCAAUAACAGAAUGGCCGCGGUCUGAAGCCCCAGGACUUCUCCAGCUCCUCAAAGCCAUCCAGCAGGCUCCGGAGCCUAAUAUACGAGAAGAAGCUAAACAUUCGGUGGAGGAUGGCCCAUUCUGGGAUGAACUGCCGGGGUUCGGACACAUGUGGGCUGACCAGUUUCAGCGGGAAGAAUGGAGAGAUGCGAUUGAUGGCAGACCGGGUGAUGAUGAUGUGCGCAGGGAGAUGCACGACAAAUACAUAUUUAUAGCAAGCCUUGAGGCGACAUUCUACGAUCAGCGGAUAGCGGGAAUUCGCCUGGAUUGGGGGUAUGAGUGCAUCACGGAUGCGUUGGAACGGAGUAACGCUGUUCGUGAUAUCCAAAUUCCCAUGGCGGCAGAGUGGCUCAAGUUAUUGCCGAGACGGUUCUACGAGGGCGCAUUGAAGCGAGAAGAGGACUGGCCUUUGAGGAGAGACUAUCUAGAUCUGUGGAAAGGUGGAGAUAUCAUGACAGUGGAGCGAUGGCAGUGGUGGAAGAGUCGUUUGGAGGCGUAUGUCACAGAGGGACUCAUGGGAGCAGAUUCAGUUCGGGCAAGUCUCGAAGCCAUGAAUGCUGUGGAGGAGGAACAACAACUAGAUUAG